UCAACUUCUUGGAUAGCAUGGGAGGCUUCUCUAACGUAACGAAGAAGUCAUCUCUGAAUUCGAGAGUUGAGAAGGAGGGAUCAAGGAGAGAGAGAAUGUCGAAUAUUGUUGAUAAUGGAAAUCAUCAAGGCGCAAGGACAAUAGCAGUGGCCGUAGACGAGGGCAUUCCCAGCCAAAAUGCUUUGAAAUGGGCUGUUAAUCAUCUUCUCUAUGGAUCUACCCGCCAUACUCCUAUCAAGCUGCUCCAUGUUAUUAACCCUUCUAAUUCCAAUAAUAACCCCCAUGCAACUGGGCAAGCUCAUGAACCUCCAAACAUGGACUUCAUGCUUCCAUUUCGGUGCUAUUGUACUCGCAAACGAGUACAAUGUGAGACUGUUGUGCUGGAGGAUCAAGAUGUGGCUGAGGCAUUACUUGACUACAUUUCCCGCAAUGGCAUUGAGUUUAUUGUUCUCGGUGCCACUGCUACAUCCAGGAUUGGGUUUUCUAGGCGUCUGUUCAAGGCAUCUGAGUCUAUUCCAGGCAGAGUCCUAAAGUUGGCACCACAUUUCUGCUCUGUAUACACCAUCAAACAAGGUAGGGUAUGCGAAGGGCGCGAAGCCUCUCGUCCUCUACCAAACAUUCGAGCAGCUGAUGAGAGGGCAGAAGAAUCUAAUCACAUAGGCAGAGCUCCAAGCAACAGAGCAUAUGAUGAGGUCUCAUUGCCUGACAAUGACAUCUCGCUUGGAAGACCAAGUACUGAUAGCAUAUCUUUUUACCAAAAUUUUGGGUCUGCUGAUAUGAGCCGAGUUCUUUCAGAAUCCUCAAAUUACUUGGAGAGUAUUGCAAAACUAGAAUCAGAUUUUGACAGUUUCGAUUUGAACACUCCACAUGAACUGUCAUCAACUGCCCAAGGAAUGCCAUUCCUGUCACAGAAAGUAUUGGAUGAAAUGGAAGAUGAGAUGAAAAGGCUUAGAGUGGAGCUGAAGCAAACGAUGGACAUGUACCAUACAGCCUGCAAAGAAGCAGUGGCAGCGAAACAGAAGACUAUUGAGCUGGAAGAGUGGAAAAUGAAAGAAGGGCAAAGACUAGAAGAGACACGACGUGCCCUAGACGCAACUCUGGCAGCUAUGGAGAAGGAAAGAGCCAACUCUAAGGCAACAAUUUUGGCAGCUGAUGGCGGAGCAGCUGAGCGGUUUGCUGAGAAAGAGGUGCAAAGGACCAUAAAUGCAGAUCAGAUUUUCAAAGCUCUAAGAGAGGCUAAUGAUGAAGAGAAGAAAAGGGUUUUGGAUGCUUUAGGCCAUGGUGAACUUGUUUCAACAAGAUUUACAGGAGCGUUUUUCUUUGUUUAUAUGCAAGGAAACUAG